AUUUUUCUAGCAGUUCGUUUACGGUUAAAGAGCCGUACACACUUUCGAUGUGAUUGUGUGCUGGUGUUUGUAUUCACGUAUGUGUGGGAAAGCGGUUUAGCGCGUAAAAUUGUUAUUGAUGAUUGCGUUGCGUUCACACAAGGUGCAUGUAUCAUUGGCCUUAACAUUUGAAUAAUUUGAAAGUUGAUUUUGUUAACAGUGCACUAUCGAUCAAUCGAUUAGUUUGAAUGUCAGCCGAAUGAUGCUUAGAUCACACAGAUAGCCCAUUGAAAAAAAAAAAUUACAAAAAUGCCAUAGCCGAUUUCCGAUGCCAAUACGAUACGAUGGUCGGUUAGAUUGUUAUUUUGAAGAUUGAAUUAUCAUCAUCUGAUUGAUGUGGAUGUGUGCGUGUCCGUUGCGGUACACAAACGUCGAAUGCACCGCCAUUUUUAUAUACACAUACUCGUUGCUGAUAUUAGUUUGCCGCAUCGCAGCACCACUACAAGGGCACAAACACAUCGUUAAGCAGGUAAACAAAAAUCUGUUGCACUGACGCACUCCAUAGUACAUAUGUCGUUUGCACGAUUUGUUUUGUGUUUUCCUUCUGGGUUGCUAGCUGCUUUGUGUUGUUGUUUUCGUUUUACUGUGUGUUUCUCGCUGCUCAUCGCUCUCGUGUAUCGUGUGUUUGCUGUUGUCGGUUUCAACAUUUUCGUUUUUCAAGAAAUCGGCGCACACACACUACCGCAUCGCUUAUGUAUUCGGCGACACAAAUAACGAACAUACGUUGAGCACAGCCAAAACGUACAAGCCUCAUUCAAAAUAUUGCUAGAGUUGGGCUAAGCCACACGAAAGUAACAAACUGUGCUUCAACGUUUUUUCCAACAAAUAUUUUUUGUUGUUUCAAACUGUGCAUUUGGAUGACAGAAAAUCGGUGAAUUAUUGUUUGAAAGUGAAAAAAUUUGUAUUUAAAUACGAAAUUAAAUUUAGAACGAGUGAUUUUUGUCAAAUUACGUGUUUCCACGGAACUCGAAUUACUCAACGACGGCACUUCUUCAACAUUUGUCCACAUUACCUACGAUAUUUGGCAGCGAUUCAAUUCUAUUGACCGAUAUUUUGCGAACAACCACAACCACAUUGUCCUUGACACCGUCGACCGCAUCGUCGACCCGAAACUAUCCGCACGUUAUUCAUGAUCGCUUCUACAUUUAUGGGUAUUACAGUGGCAAUGAACCAGCGCAUCGUAUCAACUACUAUGAUCAGCUCCUAUCUUAAUUCAACGUCACCCAACAUAGAUUACGAUACAGUCAUUUGGUUGAUAUAAUUGUUUUGUGACACGUCCAGACAUUGACAAGUGAACGAAAGUGAACAAAAAAUUGACAAAAAAAAACAAUUAAAAAGAAAAUCCAGCAACAAAAACAACAGAAAACAAAAUCUGUGAAUAAAAAUUGUAUAUUCGUGAGAGUGAAAGAGAAAAGUGUGAACAAUGUUUUCGUUUCAUAAGCCGAAAGUAUAUCGAUCGACGCAGGGCUGUUGUAUUUGCAAGGCCAAAUCGAGUAGUUCCCGUUUUACGGACUCGAAAAAGUACGAGAAUGACUUCAAAGAUUGCUUUCAGCUGCUUGAACCGCGCCAAGGGGAGAUUUGUAAUGCAUGCGUGUUGUUGGUGAAGCGCUUUAAACGCUUGCCACUGGGCAACCGACGUCAUUGGUCACACGUUGUCGAUGCGCGUAUAGGGCCUGGAAUAAAAUCGAUGACAAAAUUCAAGAAACGCAAAGAAGAACAAAUGCAAUUACAAAACGGCUCCACCGAAUUUGCCGGCCAAUCAAACUCCAACGCUCAAAACAUUCGCAACAACGCAAUGGAGCGAUUUGGUAAAAUUUUCAAGAAGAUCCAAAAGAAAAAGACCAUGCAAACCAGAUCAUGUGAUGAGAAUUCACAACCAACCAGUCCAUCGUCGAGCAGCGAUAACGAGGAGAAUCGAAUGAGUGAUGAUGCCUCGGAUCGUCUUGAAUGUGACGAAGAUAUGAGCUCAAUUAUUGGUGAAGCGAUUGCAGCUAAACGAAUCCAGCGCAAGCAAAAGAAUCCAACGAAAAAUCUGAAUCAAACACUUUUCCAUGCAUCGCAUGUACUUGACUCGAAUUUAUGGAAACAGCGCAAAACGUGCUGUGGCCUGUUUUAUGAGAGCAAAAAAUUCGGAGCGAUAUUGGUUGAGACUAGCCAAUAUUCGGUGAAAUUGUGUUCAGUUCACGCCAAGAAGGUGCCAUUCAUACUGAGUGAAAAGAAAGAGGAAUUGAUCAAAUUGCCAACGGCCAUCAAAUCUUUACCUCCAAAGAAACAGCAUUUCCUAAGACAUAGCCUAAUCGAAGCGGCACCAAUCGUCGAAUCAAUGGAACAAUCGGCGCCGAUCGAUUACUCUAAACCAACGUCAACAACAAACCAAAUCAUGCCACAACCAAAAGCACACAGCACAACCGACACACGGGUGUCAAGCAAUUUGCACAAACUGCGCAGCGAUUCGGGAAAAGUGACGAAAAAAGCACCAAAAAAGAAUUUGAGCGCGGUUAAGAAUCUCGUAAAACUCUGCACAUCCAACAAAAUUGCCAAUGCAACAAAUGCUGACAGUAGCACAACAGCAGCCAAGUAUCAAAGUGAAAACAAUGAACACAAUGAAAACAAGAAUAUCACCAAUACGACGGCGGCGGUGACGGUGAUGACAACAAAAACUGAACCAAUUGCCGUUAAUAAAUACAGCGACAAUUCAUCCGAUUCAGGGUAUGAUGAAACAUUACAUGAUACCACGCAAUUGAAUCAAAUUGCUAAAAUUGGAACAACACGUCCGGUUAUACUGUCCAAUGGAGUUAAGCUGCACGUAAAACCCGAAAACCUGUUGUUGGCUGCUAAUUUGGCAGGAGUCUCACAGACAGCCAUUCAAUCGACACAGGCAAAUAUGAAAGCAAUGGUUGCACAGAAGUUCCCAGCGAAUGCGCCAAACUACAAAUGCUUACCACCGGCACAUGAUGUGAGCAAAAAAGGCGUGUAUGUGGUGACUCCGAGCGUCUUAACAGUUACCAAUAAUAGUUAAGACCAUGAUUCCAAUCAUAAUGACGAAGAAGCAAUCUCUCUUUCAUCGCCCUUUUAUCAAUGGCAAAAAGACUUUUGUUUCCAUUUCAAUUUUAUUGACAUAUUUAUAUAUUGAGAAAAAAAGAAUAGCUUUAGGUCAUAGAACAUGAAUAUCAGCAGUAUUCCAUGGUGGUGAGGCACCGCAAACUGAACAAAACAAAAGAAUUGAUUGUUAUAUAUUUGCAUCUCAUAGUUAUGAUCGCACGCGAAGAAAAAUCUUUUAUUAAUUUAAGGUAUUGUUUUGCAUUGGUAGAAUUUGCUCAAGCAACAAAAUGAGAGAGUAAGAAUGAAUUUGAAUUGUGGAGCAGAUGGUUAGAUAGAGAAAAUGGAAAGAAUAUUUUCGAGCAAUUUUUUUUUAACAUGGAAAAUACACCGAAUUUUUCAUAUUGCCAAACACUGUCUGGGAAUGAAAGCAAUAAGGAUUUUAUACGAGCAUCGUCGAUUUGACCAAAAUUCAGCCAAUUUUUUUGUUCUAUUCUGCUUUAGUAUAUUUUACACAGUUUUUCUCUUGGUUUUUCGUGUAUUCGGAAUCUUAUAAGGUUUUUGUGUACAAAUUAAUUCGACAUCGAAUAUUGCAUUUGACCAAAAUUUUGAAGCAUAAUUAUUUAAACGCUUUUAGACUGACCGGUACCUGAUAUAUAUAUUUUUUUUGUGUAUAUGUAUACGUUUAAUCUUAUUUGCGUGAGAGAUUUUUUUUUUUUAGACAAAUUGAUGGGCCUCCAGAAAACCAAUAGAAACUGCGGUCAGUUUAGGAACAUUUUCUUUUAUGCUAGCGCACGUAUUUUAAUCUCAUCAUUUCUCUUGUAAAUGUUCCUUCCUUCUGCUACACAUACAUCACAAUUUUGUUUAAUGCACAUUUUAUUUUGUCGUCUCGUACCUAUUUUUUUCUAAACCGUUUAGCUAUUUAGUUAAUUUAUUUUCUUUUUCUUGAAUAUUUGGUUGUGAUGCUUAUUUUUGGUGUUUUGUUUCAUUUAUUUGUUGUCAUGUCUGUCAUGCAAAGAAACAAAACAGCAAAAAUGAUCAUCGAAUUUCUUUUUAUGUCUACUUUGAACGAUGGACCGGUUUACGAUUUUCGAAUAAAAUUCGGCUCUGAUUUUCAUAUCCGAAAUGAAAAACAUAUCCGAAUGUGCAGCAAAACACAUAAAAACGCCAUAAGAAUGGUUAGCUUUUAUUCUAUCACUUUAUAUUCGACGAUUGUGCAAUUGUAUGAGAGAAACACCGUGCAGUGUUUCAUCUCACAAAACGCAAUACAAUCGAAAUGAUUUGGACGUUCGCAAAAACAUUGUGAGCCAUUGAAAAUUGGCCAAAUUUGUUUUUGGCUGGAAACCUAUACGAAUUCUUAUUCGCAAUUUUUCCAUUUUUUGUGCAAAACCAAUUAUUAGUUAGUUGAAAUGAGUUUAUAUUUUUUGUCUGUAGGUUAAAGCGAAUGCAAUUAAUCUAAACAGUUAGAAUCCGUCGACUGCCUUCAAAUGUUCAUUUUGUUUGCAUAGAACUGACUGGAUUUGUACUAAAUGCUAAUUUAAUGCAUACGUUUUUUUUCUCUCUCGCUAGAAUUUUAAGUGAAUUUAGACGAUAAGAUGCACUAUUUAUAUGAAAAUGCAUGUUAUUUUUAUGUCGAAAUCUAAAAAAGACAUUCACGUACAAUAUGAGGCAUUAUAUACAUUUAUUAAAUGAACGUAAGCAUUACGAGACAAUAUCAUUUAAUUGCGCAAUCGAUUGUAAUGCAAUGUUUGACAGUCUUCAUAUGUACUCAGUAACCAGUAGAUUUGCAAAUAUUCAACAUCUGGGAUAAUAUUGUAACCUUAAUUAAUGCUCAUUUCGAGAAAUUUGGCGAUUCUAACAAACCAGAAGAACGACAAAGACGCUGACACACAGUUAA